GUAAAAUUUCAAAAUCCUUCGCACAAACACACCUUAAAUUAUUGUACAUUUGAUGUGUGAACAGUAAAUUUCGACCGCCGCGAAGCAGAUCCGAGCUACCUCAGUCUUGCGAGCCACGCGCAACCGAACCCCCGUUACUUUUAAAACUGAAAUCAGCCCGACAGGCGGCAUUCGUAAAGCUUGAUGCAAGAAAUACCCAUUUAAAGUUGCAAUUAGAAACCAGAAUUCAAUUUCGAAAUUGCAGGCUGUCGAUGAUUAUCGCCUGAAAUUGAAGAUGAAGGGUUUCUUCUUGCCGAUCUUGAUUUGGGCGGCGCUUCUCUGCAACGUAAUCCCCUCUGCGUCUUCUACUGCUUCCACGAUGCACACAAACAACUGGGCUGUGCUUGUUUGCACUUCCCGCUUCUGGUUCAAUUAUCGGCACAUGGCCAAUACUUUAUCGCUGUAUAGGACUGUGAAGCGAUUGGGAAUACCCGAUGAGAGGAUAAUUCUUAUGCUAGCUGAUGAUAUGGCCUGCAAUGCUCGAAACAAGUAUCCUGCCCAAGUCUUCAACAAUGAAAAUCACCAUCUUAAUUUGUAUGGAGACAAUGUUGAGGUUGAUUACCGUGGAUAUGAGGUCACUGUCGAAAACUUUCUUCGGGUGCUGACUGGGAGGCAUGAGCCAGCUGUACCUAGGUCAAAACGGCUUUUGAGUGAUGAAGGUAGUCAUAUACUUCUAUACAUGACAGGGCAUGGCGGGGAUGAAUUUCUAAAAUUUCAGGACUCCGAGGAGCUUCAAAGCCACGAUCUAGCUGAUGCUGUUAAACAAAUGAAGGAAAAGCACAGAUUUAAGGAGCUGCUGAUCAUGGUUGACACGUGCCAAGCCGCCACCCUUUUUUCUCAACUUCAAUCACCCGGUGUGCUGGCCAUAGGAAGUAGCAUGAAAGGGGAGAACUCGUAUUCACAUCAUUUGGAUUCUGAUGUUGGUGUAUCAGUUGUAGAUCGAUUCACAUUUUACACCCUUGCAUUUUUUGAGAGGUUAAAUAUGUACGACAAUGCCUCAUUAAGCAGCCUUUUCAACUCCUACAAUCCGAAUAUGUUGAUGUCAACGGCAUAUUAUCGAACUGAUCUAUACCAACGGCACUUGAAGGAGGUACCCGUUACCAAUUUCUUCGGUUCUGUCAUGGAAACAAUCCAUACUGAUUCACCUUAUCGAGCUUUCUCAAGAAGAAAUGCAAGAAAACCAAAAAUUCAAGUUCCUUCGGAUCAACCAAGCGAGGACAGGCGAAUACUUGAGGUUUCAAACACUUUAGAAGAAUCUCAUUCCUCUCAGGAUAACAAGGUCGCUUGCCCAUUUACGUGUACUUGGAAUACACUUCUUAAGAAGAUGGAAACUGGGAAGCAAAAUGAUUACUUGGUGAACUAUGGACUGAUUAUGAUGUUACCUAUUGUCGCCUUUUCUUCUUGGCUCUCUUGACGACGGUGAGACAGUCCACAUUUAAAUGGGAACAAUGGCCCUUAAAUAGCAUGACCGUAGGCAAUCUUUAUAGGAUAGAUUUGUCGCGGAAGCCUUUGUAGAUUUGUAGAAUUUAAAUGGAUGUUUUCUCAUUAUGUCAUGGCCCUGGCUUUGUUUCUGCUGAAAUUAUUUGGACAUUUUUUGGGGAGUGAUUUGAGUUUUUACUGCAUUUGCAAUACAUGUGAGUUUGAGCUAUCUUUCA